AUGGCGCGAUGGUCGGAAACCGCAGUGCUACAGCGACUGAAGAAAGUAGGUGCUCCAAAAGUGCUUGCCUUUGCUUGCUUGCUACUUCUUUGGAAUACGUCGAUCUCCUUUGAGCCGCCAUACUUGUUUGUUGAAACAUUUUCUGGUGAAGCUGCUGCCACCAGAGCUGUUCGACAUUGUUUCCCGGCCAGAGCGACUGCAGCUUCCGAUAUCAAGUACACGGUCUCCAUGGACAUCAACACCAGUGGUGGGAUGGGGGCGUGUCUUACGGCAAUACUCCGUGGGGAUGCAAGUGGUGGAUUCGUUCAUUGGCUGGGGGUCUUGUGCUCAAGCUUUGUAACUACAUCCAGGGGAUCCUCUGGCCGGAGCCUUCUCAACCCAGAAGGCCUAGAGUCUUACCCAUCAGUGCUGGCAUCAAACCAUAUGGCGGCAAGGGUGGCUCUCCUUUGCAUUGCUACGUACGCUUUCUUUGGCACCUGGAUCAUAGAGCAGCCUAACUCUUCAAUCCUGUUUCAAACAAAGAGGAUGCAACACGUGUGCGGCCUAAUGCAGGUGUUUAAGAGCGGCUUUUGGAUGUGGCACUACAAAGCCAGGACCCAAAAGCGCACAAUGCUCUGGAGUCCCAGUAAAUUAAUUGGAAAGUUUUGGCGUGGUAAGUUGAACAGAGCAGAGUACUUGCGAGAUCGUGACAGCCGCAACCCUGACCACAAGCCUCCUCCUUGUCGCCAAUACCGGGACAAGUCUGGGCGGAAGAGGUUUCAAGGAACCUCGUCGCUGCGCGAUACAGGGACCUACACCUACCAGUUCGGCCUGAAGAUAGCUUCUUUGAUUCGUGAUCUACUGCCUUCACAAGACCCGGCUCCACAUGAUGAGACUGUAGAUCCUAUAGCUGUGUGGGAGUCAUGGAGCUGGGGGGACAUGUGGGAUGACGCGUCCAUGCGAGAUUUAGUCGCAUACUUGUAUGGAAGUGCUUCCCUCAGUAUUCCCCCAGAAUGGAGGAGAGUGCUACCAAGGGAGCUGUAG